CUUACCUCCCUUAUCACCUGCAUUUCUUUUCCUUGUACUCCUUCUCUCCUGCUAUUUCGGAUUGUACUCCUAGCCCAAAUUACCCUUUAAACUCAUCCAAAAUCCUUUUAAGUCCCCAACAAACAACACUUGAAAACGAGAGCUUGUAUGGAUGCUUUGAGUUCUCGACUACACUGAAUACAAUCCCUCACCUCUUACUACCUUUCAAAGUUCAAAGCUCUUCCCCCUCUUCUCUGCCAUUCUUCCAAGUCACAGUUUCUCUCUCCUGAGUUAUCUUCUUCAGUUUUUGUUUCUGCAUUUGUCUCUUCCCAAUGGCUUCCGCACUCACUUCUUUCCGGCCGGCAGUGGUCCGGGCCUCCACUUCUUCCUCUAACAAACCCGACCAGAAUGUCCGGAAACCCGCAUCGGCCAACUGGUGGGCUCCGCUCUUCGGCUGGUCCUCCGAUGCGGACUACAUAGACCCCACCGCCGGGGGUCCUUCAACUAACGAGACAGGUGUCUCGGACACGGAAUCCGGCCAACUUAGGUCCAGAUUUGCUCUGGGGUGCUUCACGGAAGAAAAGGCGAAGCAGCUUCGGAGGAAGACCAUGGAAAGCUCGGCUUUCCACGAUAUAAUGUACCACUCGUCAAUAGCGUCCCGGCUCGCCUCCGACAUUUCUGACUCGUCCGAGAAGUAGUAGGUAUCGGUGAAGAUCCGGUAAGUGCCCCCCCCCCCCCCUCCCCCCCAUCUCGCACGGUUCGGGUUAUGAGGUCCUAGUCGUCAAGGUGCAUGUUAUUUGCCAUAUUUGGCUUGCAAUUUGUCGAAAUGAUAAGAAGGGGGAAAAAAAAAAAGGAACUAUUUUUAUUUUUGGUUGUUGGAAAUAUUAUUGUUUGGAUGUCGUGAGGAGGACAAUGUACUAUUUUGCAGCGUACUUUGGAUUUUGGGACAGUGGAUCUUUUAUUGGCCACUUUAUUUU